AUGGCGAUGCAACAGGCGAAAGGUCUAGAUGCAGAUGUAGAGGCCCUAGACCUCACUCAGACUCAUGUUAUACGGGAAAUGGACCCGCUCGGACAAGCAAAGUCGGCAUACGUGCAGAAGAACGUUGGGAAUCUGCAACGCCGUCUCAAAUCGCGACAUGUCCAAUUUCUCGCUUUGUCGGGAGCUAUUGGAACCGGCCUUUUCGUCGGUGCGGGCCAGGUUUUGUCUCUCUCGGGUCCGCUUUCGGCCUUCCUUGCUUACUUUAUCACCGGCUUCAACUUAUACGCGGUCAUCAACAGCAUGGGAGAGAUGGCCACAUGGCUUCCCCUCCCGGGCGCGACUCCAGUUUAUGCCGCUCGCUUCGUUGACGAAGCACUUGGAUUCACCUUGGGCUGGAACUAUUGGUACCAGUUUGCUAUCGGCGUCCCGAUCGAAAUAAGCGCGGCCGCUUUGGUCAUCGACUACUGGCCCAACAGUGUUCCUGCAGCAGUGUGGAUUACGGUGCUCUAUAUCGCCAUAUUUGUCAUCAAUAGUCUCCCAGUCCGCGUAUAUGGAGAAUUGGAGUUUUUGCUGGGCUCCAUCAAACUCAUCACGAUAGUGGGACUGAUGAUACUGAUGUUUAUAAUUACUCUCGGUGGGACACCGACGCAUGAUCGGAUUGGAUUUCGCUAUUGGCAGCAUCCGGGGCCAAUGAAUGAAUACCUGGAAAGUGGAACCCUGGGCCAAUUUCUGGCCUUUUGGAAGGUUUUUAUUCAAGCAACAUUCAGUUAUGGAGGCAGUGAAAUGGUUGUGGUCGCAGCUGGAGAGACUGAGAACCCACGGCGUAACAUUCCCAAAGCUGUGCGUCGGGUCUUCUGGCGGAUUGCUAUCUUCUAUGUGGGAAGUGUGUUCUUGGUAGGCCUCUGCGUGUCAUCUCGCGACCCUCGACUUCUCAAUGCCAUUGAUUCGGGGGCAACUGGCGCAGGGGCAAGUCCCUUUGUCAUUGCCAUUGAGAAUGGAGGAAUAUCAGUGCUGCCGUCGAUAAUUAAUGCGGUCAUUUUGACCUCCGCCUUGUCUGCUGGAAAUUCCUUCUUCUAUGCGUCGACUCGCAUUCUAUAUUCGACGGCACUGGAUGGAAAGGCUCCUCGCAUCUUGAGGUACGAAAAGUUCGGUGUACCAUAUGCGUGCGUGGCUGUCACAGCCGCAUUGAGCCUUCUGGUCUACCUUAAUGUAUCGGCGAGUUCGGCUGAGGUCUUUUUCUGGAUCAGUAACUUGAGCUCCGUCAGCACGCUGAUCGUGUGGGCCUCGAUUGCUAUCACGUAUAUCCGAUUCCACCAAGGAAUGAAAUAUCACAAAAUUCCACGAUCUGCACUCCCCUAUCAAGCACCCUUCCAACCUUACCUCGCAUAUUUCGCUGUGGCGUUUUCCUCGAUAGUCGCUUUUUUCAAUGGCUUUGAUGCCUUCUUUCCGGGGCACUUCAGCGCCAAGACCUUCAUUCCACCGUAUAUCGAUAUUCCGAUCUUUGCAUCCCUUUUCAUUGGUUAUAAGGUCAUUAAAAAGACCCAAUUUGUGAAGAUGGAAGACAUGGAUUUUUGGUCUGGAAAAGAAGAGGCUGAUCAACUGGAGCUGACUUGGGAAGAACCCAAGCCACGAAAUUUCCUUGAAAGAAUUUGGUUUUGGAUCGCGUAA